CCAAUCUGAAUGGGAAAAUGAGUUCCGAGAUAUGGGACUUUCUAGAUCAAACAUUAGAGGUGUCCCUGGGUUGUGUAUGAUGCAUAGAGGAUCUUCUAUCAUUGCAGAACCCGAUAAAUUUGGCUGCUACGUUGUGGUGAACCCCAAAAGUUCCGCAUCUUUGUCUUCUGCAUUACGCUACUGGGGCUGUGUUAUCCAAGCAGGCGCCCAGGUCUCUGGUGCACUCGCUUUUGCAUCACCAAAUGAUGCUGCUGGAUUAAGGGAAAAAGUCGAUAAGAGCUUUUCACCUUUGACUUUCUAAGGUUCUCUUCUUUCCUUGCUUCAUUCAAGUGCCCUUUCAUGUACCAAAACUGUUCAGAAAUUCAUGAAUUUUCUUUUUCUUCAAGUAAUCUAUGCAUCUCUGUAUUUCUGGUAAGCUGAAGGUAUAAUAUGAAUGUUGUUUCCUA